CUGCAAUAGAAAAUGAACUUCACUGAUAUAAUUGCUUCCAGAAUAGCAGUCUUUGAACUUUGCAUCAUAGAAAUAUAAGGAUUCAUUUUUAAUUUCUUCGAUCUACUUUUAUAGAUCCAAAUAUUCAUUAAUAGCUCUUAUAAUCAUGUCUGGCGGAAUGCAUGGAAUUCGUAAGCUGGCGAAUAAGCUAUUCACACCCAACGAAAUUCGUCGUUUCCAGGCGUACAAGAAUCGUCUUAGCCAGAAGUAUCUGAGCGUGGAGGGCUUGAAGACCAACUUUAAGAGACCGGAUUUGGGAAAGCUUUUCAACUAUCGAACGUUUUCGUCGAAUAAGGAAGAGUGCCACGAGGAGCCAAAGGCUAAGCCAAAGUGUGACCCCGACUGGGAUGAAGUCUAUCCGCCCGGUCCGCCGUUCGAAGAUAACGACUCGGGUUUCUGGUAUCCAGAUCCCGAGUUUUAUAAGGAAAGGGAAUACGUGGUCAUGUAUCCCACCGGCGAUGAGUGGAGGCGUCGACCAGUUUACAAGGGCAAACAGAGUCCUCCAGUAGAUCGCACUUUUCGCACCAAGUUCAUCAACUUUGGACCCGCCCAUCCGGCGGCCCAUGGUGUAUUGCGCAUGAUCCUCGAGCUGGACAAUGAAACGGUGCUGAACGCCGAUCCACACAUUGGUUUGCUGCACCGCGGCACCGAGAAACUGAUCGAAUACAAGACCUAUAUGCAGGCACUGCCCUAUUUUGACCGUUUGGAUUAUGUUUCCUGCAUGGCCAACGAGUUGGCCUAUGCCUUGGCCGUGGAGAAGUUGCUAAAUGUGGAGAUUCCUCGCAGGGCCAAGUAUAUACGCACCAUGUUCUCCGAGAUAAUGAGGCUUACCAAUCACACCAUGGCCAUUGCCUCUUCGGUUCUCGAUUGCGGUGCCAUAACACCGCUGUUUUGGCUCUUCGAGGAGCGUGAGAAGUUGUAUGAAUUUUCGGAACGUGCCUCUGGAGCUCGUCUGCAUGCCGCCUACAUUCGACCCGGGGGCGUGGCCUCUGACAUACCCUUGGGUUUCCUGCAUGACCUGUACCAGUUUAUCAAUCAGUUCAGCGAUCGUUUGGACGAGGUGGAGGAUGUGGUGACCGACAAUCGCAUCUGGCGUAUGCGUAAUAUUGGCAUUGGCGUCAUAUCUGCCCAUGAUGCCCUGAAUUAUGGAUGCACUGGACCCGUUCUGAGGGCCACUGGCGUCAAGUGGGAUCUACGUAAGCAGCAGCCCUAUGACGCCUACGACGAGAUGGAAUUUGACGUGGCUGUGGGUUCGAAUGGCGACUGCUACGAUCGUUACUUGGUGCGAAUGCAUGAGAUGCGCGAAUCGGUGAACAUCAUCAAACAGUGCAUCGACUGUAUGCCCCCGGGCGAGAUCAAGGUGGACGAUCUCAAGAUCUGCCCCCCAGCACGGCGCAAGAUGAAAGAGGGGAUGGAGGAUCUGAUCCACCACUUCAAGCACUUUUCGCAGGGCUUCUAUGUUCCGCCCGGAGCGACUUACACGGCCGUGGAGUCGCCCAAGGGGGAAUUUGGCGUGUAUCUUAUCUCCGAUGGCUCAACGCGUCCAUAUCGGUGCAAGAUUCGUCCGGCUUCCUAUGCCCACCUCGCCCUCAUGGCCAAGAUAGCACCAGCACACUUCCUAGCCGAUGUAGUUGCCAUAAUCGGAUCGCUGGAUAUCGUAUUUGGUGAAAUCGAUCGUUAGCAAGGCGUUUUCACUUUAGAUAAUUUUAAACGAAAGCUCUUGUAUUAAUAUGAAGUAGAACCGACUAUAAGCUAAAGCUAUUUGCACAGUGUGCCAUUAAAAUUGCACUCUGAAACCGUUUUUAGUUAAUAUAUCAAUUAGUAAAUGAUAAUAGUAUUCUCCCUCUACUAUGUAUAUUUUAAAGGCAUAUUUUUUACCAGUAUGCUCAUAUCAAAAAUAUAUAUUUUUUCUAAAUUGUAGAAUUCUAGUGCGCACACAUAAAAAUUGUCCACAAAAAGGAGGGUGAGUGUAAUUAAAA